ACUGAUCAGUCAAGACACUCAAGAGUAGGAGUUGGCUCGCUCUCCAGAAGACGAGAAGAAGAGAGAACAAGAAGAGAGAGGAGGAGAACUUCAAGGGGGAAAGAGGAGGAGAAGGAGACGAAAAAGAAGUCAAGGUGCGGGAGAGACUGGUAAGAGGUCAUUGGGCGGGCGUGUGUUAUUGCAGUCGUCGUCGUCGAGAGAGAGAGAGAGAGAGAGAGAGAGAGAGAGAGAGAGCGUUACGCAGCUGGUGGCCUACCCCGUGUGGGGACACCCUGACUGCGAUCUAAGUGACUUGUGGCCUACCCAGUCUGCCAAGCCACUAAGUUACGCGGAAGGAUGGCGAAGGGUAUAGCGUUCUACAUGCGCUGGGUUCUCGUCGCUGCUUCAUUCAUACCUAUCCUUGAAGCUCGAAAGGGUGCAAGAGAGCUGGGAGGUGAGGAGGAUUUCUAUGAAGCCCGCUAUGGGCCAUGCUAUAAGGAACGGCUGAAAUAUCAGCAAGAACGAUGCGACUCCAUUUUCAUCAACAAGCCUGAAGAUUGCCCGCCUGGCUGUGGAAACGAUGUUAUUCGUGCUUUGCGCCGGUGUACACGAAAGCACUCUGAGUAUUACACCAAUUCCACAGCAAAUGAGGAGAAACACAUUUGUGAGAUCGGGGUUGAUUCUCAGUCUGGGGGUGCGCACUCACUUACAGCUACUCCGAUGAACACACUUCCAACCAUUGCCAUUGCUCUCUCCGCCUUACUUCUGUGGCUGAUCUCCGCCCUGGUUCAGUGAGAGACUGAGAGUGCAUCCCCACCGGUAGUAUCCUGGACGCAGUGCAUGGGGCAGACUCACGUGCCCAGCGGUUUAUAUGGCCCUCGUUGCAGUACUCUCCACAUGGCGGUGUAUCUUUCCAUCUUCUAGCGGAAGAUUCAUUCUCAUUUUGCACAUUUGGAGAGAAGCCCAGCGAGGCCUUGGAAUCCAUGGAGACGAAGCCAGGAACGAUAGCCGAAGAGUCGAAGACAAGCAGGAAGUGUGAGUGCUUGCUGGCCAGGGGCCUUCAUCAAAUGCCCAGCCGUUAUGCAGGGCCUCGCCAAACCACUCGAAAUGUGCAAAAUGAAAAUGCACUUCCCGA